CUUGACUGGGGAAAAGACAGGGAUGCAUAUGUGGAGUUGAAGGAUUUACCAAACUUACAAUGGAAGGCCCCCACACUUUAGUAUGGGUUGUACUUCUCUCAAGUGUCUGGAUCUGUUGCAUAUCAUCUUUGACAUCUUUAGACGGUAAUGUUACACUUGGACCGGGUGGAUUUGCGACAGGGAACAGAAAUGAAACCAACGACACACAAAAGACCUGCAACCAAACUAAGCUAAAUGAUGUCAGUUUCAAGAUUUCUAGGGCAGUGGACACCUUAACAGGCCUGCUGUCCUGUGUGGGAGAUGAAAACAAAAACCUAGAAGAGAAAUUCAAAAUACUGGCACCAGACCUCAGACAGAUUGUGGAAUCAGCCUUAAACGUCUUUCUGUAUAUGGGUACCAAUAAAUCCAGGUCUGAUGUCCUGGAUGUAUUUGGAGUUUUUGACAGCCUCGAUGAUGACAUCCAAAAUAUACAGUUUGUCCGACUGUGGUUCCGUAUUGAACUGGCUCCUCUUUUACCCUACAUUACUAAAGACUUCUUGAAACAGUUGAGCACAAGAAACUUCAGCUGCAGCUCCUACCAAGAAUUGGUAAAGGAACUAAGUGACAACUUGGGAUCAAUCAAUGAAGAACAGAAGCAAUUAAUCUACUCCCACUUCAUUCAAUUAUUCCUAUCAAGUCAAAAUUCAUCAGAUAACGGAUGUUUGGCCAGUGGCGAUGGAAGUAAAGACUGGUUGCUGAAGAACUAUGGAAAAUUCUCAAACAUGGCACUCCUAGAGGAUCUGUUCAAGAUAAACAGAGACUUUUUGGCUCUGGAGGCUUUGGAUUGUCUUUCAGCAAAACAAAAAGUGGAGUUAAUUGUGGACCCAGAUACUGGCAAUUUGGAGAAUGAUACAAUUGUAAAACUAAUUUUUUACCACUUGGAAAUGUCUCAAGAAGAUGAUGAGCUCAAACUGUUCUUUGAAGCUUUCGUUGAUGUCACAAAGCAGAGAAACAUCACCAUCAUCAAAAACACAGCUGUUAGGGACACCAUGCUGAACCUGACCUUGACAACUCUCGCCCCCGAAUUCGCCACCUUUGAGCCGAGCGACUACCAGCUGUGGUUCCAAGUCAAUCUGGUUGUUCUGCUGGCCAGUUUCCAACCUGCCAGCUUGGUUGUCAUCCCAAGUAACAUCAGCUGUGGAUCCUACAAUACCAUAAUCCAAGGUCUUGAGCAAAGUUUGGCGUCUCUUCCGUCAAAUCUCACAAAGGGUGUAAAGUCAAGCCGGGAUGCGCUUAUGGAGACAUUCAGCGGUUGUCCAGAUGCUGUGGUGUGCAAAGAUACCCCUGUGAACGAGGCCCAAAUCUGUGCUGAGGUGGACAGCUCACUCUUACAACAGUACUUGUCCUCUGGCAAUUCUUCUGGAACUCUGUGCAAUUUCACCAUCUCCGAAUAUGCCUGCGCCAAGGCAAGCGCCCGUCUGUCAGUGGACAGCUUGGUCACGCUGCUGAAAUGCCAACUGGCCAGCCAAAGGACAUACGACACAGAGACCUGGAAGCUGUUCUUCCAAAGAGUUGCUCCAGUUCUGGAUCAGGCCCUUCUGAACUACUCCUCCACGGCUUCCAACAUCAGCGGUCCAUCGACACCACAGGCCCUCAAUGCCAUUGGAGAGCUCCUCAUCCAGAAUGUCAGCAGUGCCCAGCUGCAGGAUGCCACGUUUGUGGCCACGUUGUUUCAGAAGAGGCUCCGCCCAUUCCUGGCAUCUUCCUCCGUGAACCUCCUGGCUUGUCUCAGCUCCAAAAACUUCAGUUGCCAGACCUACCAAAUUGUCAUUCAAGCUCUGAGCAGCCAAACCUCAUCCAUGGACGGAGAAGGACAAAAAGCGGUCUACUCUCACUUCAUCAACCCAUUCCUUUCGCGAAAUGACUCUUCAGAUCCCGGCUGUGUUUCAAACACCAGUGGCAGUACGGACUGGCUCAAUAAGAACUUUGGCCACUUCUCUGUUUUUGCAACUCUGGAGGACCUACAAACUCUCAAUGCAAACUUCUCCAGCAUGGAAGCGCUGUCUGUGCUUAGCCCAACCCAAGUGGCAGAGUUGACAUUGACCUCCGGGGCACUGAAUGAUACAAAAGAGAUCGCCCGUGUCCUCGAGCGACUUGAACAAGGGGACGCUUUCAACAAUGUCGAUGAGUUCCUGACUCAACUGACCUCAGACGGACAGAUACCUGACAUCCAGCCAUCCGUGAGAGAUAUCGUGAUGAAUCGGACCUUCGUCAUCAUCAGCCCUCACUUCCCGCUGUUUGAAAGAGCAGACUGGUUGGAGUGGUUCGACGUGAAGCUGACUCCUAUCCUCCCCAGUGUCACUGCAGAGAUGCUGACCAAUGCAACUUCGAGCGUCAACUGCACCAACUACCAAGUGAUUGUGCGAGGGAUGAACAAGGCCUUCCCCAGACUUACACUGGAUAGCAGACAGGCCAUCUCAGGUGUUCUGCUGAAUUACCUGAAGAGAUCGGCCCCCAUCAUCAAUGACAAAGCUUGUAGAAAGGACAUCAACAGUGACGCCGAAUGGCUUGAAAUCAACCUGGGUCCCUUCUCCGAGUACACGACCUACUCUACUCUGAAAUACUUCAACAUCUCAGGGGUGACCACUCUCGACGCUCUCUCAACAAACCAGAAAGCUGAGUUGCUACUGGACCCGGACUCGGGCGCACUGGACAAUGAAACCAUUGUGAAGCAGGUUUUCAUCAGCUUGACAGAGAAAGAGCAGCUCGAUGUGUUCUUCGAGACUUUUGUUGAAGUCACCAAAGAGAGAAACAUCACCAUCAUCAAAAACACAGCUGUUAGGGACACCAUGCUGAACCUGACCUUGACGACUCUCGCCCCCGAAUUCGCCACCUUUGAGCCGAGCGACUACCAGCUGUGGUUCCAAGUCAAUCUGGUUGUUCUGCUGGCCAGUUUCCAACCUGCCAGCUUGGUUGUCAUCCCAAGUAACAUCAGCUGUGGAUCCUACAAUGCCAUAAUCCAAGGUCUUGAGCAAAGUUUGGCGUCUCUUCCGUCAAAUCUCACAAAGGGUGUAAAGUCAAGCCGGGAUGCGCUUAUGGAGACAUUCAGCGGUUGUCCAGAUGCUGUGGUGUGCAAAGAAACCCCUGUGAACGAGGCCCAAAUCUGUGCUGAGGUGGACAGCUCACUCUUACAACAGUACUUGUCCUCUGGCAAUUCUUCUGGAACUCUGUGCAAUUUCACCAUCUCCGAAUAUGCCUGCGCCAAGGCAAGCGCCCGUCUGUCAGUGGACAGCUUGGUCACGCUGCUGAAAUGCCAACUGGCCAGCCAAAGGACAUACGACACAGAGACCUGGAAGCUGUUCUUCCAAAGAGUUGCUCCAGUUCUGGAUCAGGCCCUUCUGAACUACUCCUCCACGGCUUCCAACAUCAGCGGUCCAUCGACACCACAGGCCCUCAAUGCCAUUGGAGAGCUCCUCAUCCAGAAUGUCAGCAGUGCCCAGCUGCAGGAUGCCACGUUUGUGGCCACGUUGUUUCAGAAGAGGCUCCGCCCAUUCCUGGCAUCUUCCUCCGUGAACCUCCUGGCUUGUCUCAGCUCCAAAAACUUCAGUUGCCAGACCUACCAAAUUGUCAUUCAAGCUCUGAGCAGCCAAACCUCAUCCAUGGACGGAGAAGGACAAAAAGCGGUCUACUCUCACUUCAUCAACCCAUUCCUUUCGCGAAAUGACUCUUCAGAUCCCGGCUGUGUUUCAAACACCAGUGGCAGUACGGACUGGCUCAAUAAGAACUUUGGCCACUUCUCUGUUUUUGCAACUCUGGAGGACCUACAAACUCUCAAUGCAAACUUCUCCAGCAUGGAAGCGCUGUCUGUGCUUAGCCCAACCCAAGUGGCAGAGUUGACAUUGACCUCCGGGGCACUGAAUGAUACAAAAGAGAUCGCCCGUGUCCUCGAGCGACUUGAACAAGGGGACGCUUUCAACAAUGUCGAUGAGUUCCUGACUCAACUGACCUCAGACGGACAGAUACCUGACAUCCAGCCAUCCGUGAGAGAUAUCGUGAUGAAUCGGACCUUCGUCAUCAUCAGCCCUCACUUCCCGCUGUUUGAAAGAGCAGACUGGUUGGAGUGGUUCGACGUGAAGCUGACUCCUAUCCUCCCCAGUGUCACUGCAGAGAUGCUGACCAAUGCAACUUCGAGCGUCAACUGCACCAACUACCAAGUGAUUGUGCGAGGGAUGAACAAGGCCUUCCCCAGACUUACACUGGAUAGCAGACAGGCCAUCUCAGGUGUUCUGCUGAAUUACCUGAAGAGAUCGGCCCCCAUCAUCAAUGACAAAGCUUGUAGAAAGGACAUCAACAGUGACGCCGAAUGGCUUGAAAUCAACCUGGGUCCCUUCUCCGAGUACACGACCUACUCUACUCUGAAAUACUUCAACAUCUCAGGGGUGACCACUCUCGACGCUCUCUCAACAAACCAGAAAGCUGAGUUGCUACUGGACCCGGACUCGGGCGCACUGGACAAUGAAACCAUUGUGAAGCAGGUUUUCAUCAGCUUGACAGAGAAAGAGCAGCUCGAUGUGUUCUUCGAGACUUUUGUUGAAGUCACCAAAGAGAGAAACAUCACCAUCAUCAAAAACACAGCUGUUAGGGACACCAUGCUGAACCUGACCUUGACGACUCUCGCCCCCGAAUUCGCCACCUUUGAGCCGAGCGACUACCAGCUGUGGUUCCAAGUCAAUCUGGUUGUUCUGCUGGCCAGUUUCCAACCUGCCAGCUUGGUUGUCAUCCCAAGUAACAUCAGCUGUGGAUCCUACAAUGCCAUAAUCCAAGGUCUUGAGCAAAGUUUGGCGUCUCUUCCGUCAAAUCUCACAAAGGGUGUAAAGUCAAGCCGGGAUGCGCUUAUGGAGACAUUCAGCGGUUGUCCAGAUGCUGUGGUGUGCAAAGAAACCCCUGUGAACGAGGCCCAAAUCUGUGCUGAGGUGGACAGCUCACUCUUACAACAGUACUUGUCCUCUGGCAAUUCUUCUGGAACUCUGUGCAAUUUCACCAUCUCCGAAUAUGCCUGCGCCAAGGCAAGCGCCCGUCUGUCAGUGGACAGCUUGGUCACGCUGCUGAAAUGCCAACUGGCCAGCCAAAGGACAUACGACACAGAGACCUGGAAGCUGUUCUUCCAAAGAGUUGCUCCAGUUCUGGAUCAGGCCCUUCUGAACUACUCCUCCACGGCUUCCAACAUCAGCGGUCCAUCGACACCACAGGCCCUCAAUGCCAUUGGAGAGCUCCUCAUCCAGAAUGUCAGCAGUGCCCAGCUGCAGGAUGCCACGUUUGUGGCCACGUUGUUUCAGAAGAGGCUCCGCCCAUUCCUGGCAUCUUCCUCCGUGAACCUCCUGGCUUGUCUCAGCUCCAAAAACUUCAGUUGCCAGACCUACCAAAUUGUCAUUCAAGCUCUGAGCAGCCAAACCUCAUCCAUGGACGGAGAAGGACAAAAAGCGGUCUACUCUCACUUCAUCAACCCAUUCCUUUCGCGAAAUGACUCUUCAGAUCCCGGCUGUGUUUCAAACACCAGUGGCAGUACGGACUGGCUCAAUAAGAACUUUGGCCACUUCUCUGUUUUUGCAACUCUGGAGGACCUACAAACUCUCAAUGCAAACUUCUCCAGCAUGGAAGCGCUGUCUGUGCUUAGCCCAACCCAAGUGGCAGAGUUGACAUUGACCUCCGGGGCACUGAAUGAUACAAAAGAGAUCGCCCGUGUCCUCGAGCGACUUGAACAAGGGGACGCUUUCAACAAUGUCGAUGAGUUCCUGACUCAACUGACCUCAGACGGACAGAUACCUGACAUCCAGCCAUCCGUGAGAGAUAUCGUGAUGAAUCGGACCUUCGUCAUCAUCAGCCCUCACUUCCCGCUGUUUGAAAGAGCAGACUGGUUGGAGUGGUUCGACGUGAAGCUGACUCCUAUCCUCCCCAGUGUCACUGCAGAGAUGCUGACCAAUGCAACUUCGAGCGUCAACUGCACCAACUACCAAGUGAUUGUGCGAGGGAUGAACAAGGCCUUCCCCAGACUUACACUGGAUAGCAGACAGGCCAUCUCAGGUGUUCUGCUGAAUUACCUGAAGAGAUCGGCCCCCAUCAUCAAUGACAAAGCUUGUAGAAAGGACAUCAACAGUGACGCCGAAUGGCUUGAAAUCAACCUGGGUCCCUUCUCCGAGUACACGACCUACUCUACUCUGAAAUACUUCAACAUCUCAGGGGUGACCACUCUCGACGCUCUCUCAACAAACCAGAAAGCUGAGUUGCUACUGGACCCGGACUCGGGCGCACUGGACAAUGAAACCAUUGUGAAGCAGGUUUUCAUCAGCUUGACAGAGAAAGAGCAGCUCGAUGUGUUCUUCGAGACUUUUGUUGAAGUCACCAAAGAGAGAAACAUCACCAUCAUCAAAAACACAGCUGUUAGGGACACCAUGCUGAACCUGACCUUGACGACUCUCGCCCCCGAAUUCGCCACCUUUGAGCCGAGCGACUACCAGCUGUGGUUCCAAGUCAAUCUGGUUGUUCUGCUGGCCAGUUUCCAACCUGCCAGCUUGGUUGUCAUCCCAAGUAACAUCAGCUGUGGAUCCUACAAUGCCAUAAUCCAAGGUCUUGAGCAAAGUUUGGCGUCUCUUCCGUCAAAUCUCACAAAGGGUGUAAAGUCAAGCCGGGAUGCGCUUAUGGAGACAUUCAGCGGUUGUCCAGAUGCUGUGGUGUGCAAAGAAACCCCUGUGAACGAGGCCCAAAUCUGUGCUGAGGUGGACAGCUCACUCUUACAACAGUACUUGUCCUCUGGCAAUUCUUCUGGAACUCUGUGCAAUUUCACCAUCUCCGAAUAUGCCUGCGCCAAGGCAAGCGCCCGUCUGUCAGUGGACAGCUUGGUCACGCUGCUGAAAUGCCAACUGGCCAGCCAAAGGACAUACGACACAGAGACCUGGAAGCUGUUCUUCCAAAGAGUUGCUCCAGUUCUGGAUCAGGCCCUUCUGAACUACUCCUCCACGGCUUCCAACAUCAGCGGUCCAUCGACACCACAGGCCCUCAAUGCCAUUGGAGAGCUCCUCAUCCAGAAUGUCAGCAGUGCCCAGCUGCAGGAUGCCACGUUUGUGGCCACGUUGUUUCAGAAGAGGCUCCGCCCAUUCCUGGCAUCUUCCUCCGUGAACCUCCUGGCUUGUCUCAGCUCCAAAAACUUCAGUUGCCAGACCUACCAAAUUGUCAUUCAAGCUCUGAGCAGCCAAACCUCAUCCAUGGACGGAGAAGGACAAAAAGCGGUCUACUCUCACUUCAUCAACCCAUUCCUUUCGCGAAAUGACUCUUCAGAUCCCGGCUGUGUUUCAAACACCAGUGGCAGUACGGACUGGCUCAAUAAGAACUUUGGCCACUUCUCUGUUUUUGCAACUCUGGAGGACCUACAAACUCUCAAUGCAAACUUCUCCAGCAUGGAAGCGCUGUCUGUGCUUAGCCCAACCCAAGUGGCAGAGUUGACAUUGACCUCCGGGGCACUGAAUGAUACAAAAGAGAUCGCCCGUGUCCUCGAGCGACUUGAACAAGGGGACGCUUUCAACAAUGUCGAUGAGUUCCUGACUCAACUGACCUCAGACGGACAGAUACCUGACAUCCAGCCAUCCGUGAGAGAUAUCGUGAUGAAUCGGACCUUCGUCAUCAUCAGCCCUCACUUCCCGCUGUUUGAAAGAGCAGACUGGUUGGAGUGGUUCGACGUGAAGCUGACUCCUAUCCUCCCCAGUGUCACUGCAGAGAUGCUGACCAAUGCAACUUCGAGCGUCAACUGCACCAACUACCAAGUGAUUGUGCGAGGGAUGAGCAAGGCCUUCCCCAGACUUACACUGGAUAGCAGACAGGCCAUCUCAGGUGUUCUGCUGAAUUACCUGAAGAGAUCGGCCCCCAUCAUCAAUGACAAAGCUUGUAGAAAGGACAUCAACAGUGACGCCGAAUGGCUUGAAAUCAACCUGGGUCCCUUCUCCGAGUACACGACCUACUCUACUCUGAAAUACUUCAACAUCUCAGGGGUGACCACUCUCGACGCUCUCUCAACAAACCAGAAAGCUGAGUUGCUACUGGACCCGGACUCGGGCGCACUGGACAAUGAAACCAUUGUGAAGCAGGUUUUCAUCAGCUUGACAGAGAAAGAGCAGCUCGAUGUGUUCUUCGAGACUUUUGUUGAAGUCACCAAAGAGAGAAACAUCACCAUCAUCAAAAACACAGCUGUUAGGGACACCAUGCUGAACCUGACCUUGACGACUCUCGCCCCCGAAUUCGCCACCUUUGAGCCGAGCGACUACCAGCUGUGGUUCCAAGUCAAUCUGGUUGUUCUGCUGGCCAGUUUCCAACCUGCCAGCUUGGUUGUCAUCCCAAGUAACAUCAGCUGUGGAUCCUACAAUGCCAUAAUCCAAGGUCUUGAGCAAAGUUUGGCGUCUCUUCCGUCAAAUCUCACAAAGGGUGUAAAGUCAAGCCGGGAUGCGCUUAUGGAGACAUUCAGCGGUUGUCCAGAUGCUGUGGUGUGCAAAGAAACCCCUGUGAACGAGGCCCAAAUCUGUGCUGAGGUGGACAGCUCACUCUUACAACAGUACUUGUCCUCUGGCAAUUCUUCUGGAACUCUGUGCAAUUUCACCAUCUCCGAAUAUGCCUGCGCCAAGGCAAGCGCCCGUCUGUCAGUGGACAGCUUGGUCACGCUGCUGAAAUGCCAACUGGCCAGCCAAAGGACAUACGACACAGAGACCUGGAAGCUGUUCUUCCAAAGAGUUGCUCCAGUUCUGGAUCAGGCCCUUCUGAACUACUCCUCCACGGCUUCCAACAUCAGCGGUCCAUCGACACCACAGGCCCUCAAUGCCAUUGGAGAGCUCCUCAUCCAGAAUGUCAGCAGUGCCCAGCUGCAGGAUGCCACGUUUGUGGCCACGUUGUUUCAGAAGAGGCUCCGCCCAUUCCUGGCAUCUUCCUCCGUGAACCUCCUGGCUUGUCUCAGCUCCAAAAACUUCAGUUGCCAGACCUACCAAAUUGUCAUUCAAGCUCUGAGCAGCCAAACCUCAUCCAUGGACGGAGAAGGACAAAAAGCGGUCUACUCUCACUUCAUCAACCCAUUCCUUUCGCGAAAUGACUCUUCAGAUCCCGGCUGUGUUUCAAACACCAGUGGCAGUACGGACUGGCUCAAUAAGAACUUUGGCCACUUCUCUGUUUUUGCAACUCUGGAGGACCUACAAACUCUCAAUGCAAACUUCUCCAGCACGGAAGCGCUGUCUGUGCUCAGCCCAACCCAAGUGGCAGAGUUGACAUUGACCUCCGGGGCACUGAAUGAUACAAAAGAGAUCGGCCGUGUCCUCGAGCGACUUGAACAAGGGGACGCUUUCAACAAUGUCGAUGAGUUCCUGACUCAACUGACCUCAGACGGACAGAUACCUGACAUCCAGCCAUCCGUGAGAGAUAUCGUGAUGAAUCGGACCUUCGUCAUCAUCAGCCCUCACUUCCCGCUGUUUGAAAGAGCAGACUGGUUGGAGUGGUUCGACGUGAAGCUGACUCCUAUCCUCCCGAGUGUCACUGCAGAGAUGCUGACCAAUGCAACUUCGAGCGUCAACUGCACCAACUACCGAGUGAUAGUUAAAGGAUUAAGCAAGAUCUUCAACAAAUUGUCGCCUUCCAGAAAGCAUGAGCUUGCUCUGGGACUUGUGGCAUACCAUAGAACAUAUGCUGGACAGAAUAAUGUUCCAGCUUGCAGAGAAGACAUCCGAAAUGAUGCUGACUGGCUUGUCAUCAACUUGGGUCCGUUUUCUCAGUACACAACCUAUUCUGAUCUACAAGCUUUAAACAUCACAGGGACAUCAGUUCUAGACUACCUCUCGCCAAACCAGAAAGCUGAGUUGAUUGUGGAACCCACCAAUCUGGGAAAUGAAACACUUGUGAGAGUAUUUUUCCAACAACUCAUUGCCACAUCAAGUUUGGCUCAGCUUGAUUCCUUCUAUGAAGGGUUUGUGCAGGGUGCUGCUAAGCAAAACCUGACAACAAUGGACCCAAAUGUGAGAGACAUUAUCUUCAACAUGACGCUGACAGCACUUGCCCCUAAAUUAAACACUCUGAAUACAGAGGAAUUCAAGCUGUGGUUCCAGGUUUAUCUCGUUUUGCUUCUGCCUAGCAUCAAUUCAGACACAUUUGCUUCAAUUCCAAGAAAUAUCAGCUGUGGCUCCUACCAUGAAAUUGUAAAGGGAUGUGACAACGUGUUUACUCGCCUCUCAGUGAAGCAGUCUGAACUGGUCUUCAUCUUCAGUAAGGAGUAUCUAAGAGAGCAAUCCAGCACAGGUCUGUCCUGCAUUGAGUCUGUGAUAGAUGAUAGAGACUGGCUUGAAAAUAACUUUGGACAGUUUAGAACUGUUGCCUCAUAUGCCGACUUUGUGAGCCUGAAGAAUGACUUCAAUGGAGUGGAAGCAGCUGACCUCCUUACUUACAUCCAGUUGGCCCAGCUUGCCACUGUUUCUGUACAACUGAAAAGUGUUGAAAAUGUCCACAAGAUAAUGGCAGCCAUCAGUCCACUUGACUUUGGCCCCUUCUUUGACAUUGUCUCACCAACAAUUCAGGAGCACAAAGUCAACUACACGGGAGAGGUCAAAUCAGCCUUCGUACAAGCGGUGUUGGAGCGAGGGAACCUGUCAUCCCCCACCAUUAAUGACACAGAGUUCCUUGUUUGGCUCAGAGUUCGGCUGAACCCCCUCCUGUCGAAAAUCUCAGCCAGCCAAGUGAUGCCAUUCUUUAAAAUACUAAAGGCUAGAAGCUGCAACAACAGUCAAGAGGCAAUUGAAGUAUUGGACACACUGCGCUCAACACUGAAUGAUACGAUACAGAGGGAAAUCUAUGAAAAUAUGCUCCUCCUCCUGCAAGAACCAACACAGCUCAGAUGCUACGUCAAUGGAAGCUUCUACUCAUUUCUGAGGGGAUCCUUCCUCAGCUUUGGAUUCCCUGAUCUGUCCACAUUUUUGUCUCUUAUGCCAAGCAAUCGUCAAUCAGAGCUCCUGAACUCUAUCACUUUAACUGAGCUGAAUUGGUUGCUCAGUCAGCCCAAAGUAACUGGCAAUGACUCGAGUAUCUGCAUCAUACUUAACAACUACAAAGGCAUCCUUAGUUUUCUUGAUAUGGAGGAUAUCCCCACGAAAACAAAGAAGGCAAUAUUUCCUUGUGUGUGGAGAAAAGUCCUACGCACCAACACUUGGUCAGAGGUUAAUGCCUGGUUUGACCGACUUACGAGCUACAUGAUCUUCCUCACCAAGAACCUCAUAAGCUCAUCGGAAGUGCAGAAUGCCACAUGCCUUUCAUUCCAAAAACUAGUCUCAGUCCUGGGCAGCAAUUAUACCUUCAACAAUUCUGAUUUUGGAAAGAGUGAUGUGUAUCUCACAAUUAAAACUUACUUGAGCAAUGGUUCCUCACCUAAGUGCUACAAUGCUUUCGAUUCUGAGCUCAACUCUACCGACUGGUUUGUGAACUACAUCAGCACAUUUGUGACUUACAUCUCGCUGAGUGACCUCAACUCCUUUGUGCCUUCCAGUAAAAUCUCUGUGUUCUUGGAGAACAAGGCCAAUAUUGAGCUCUUCAACAAUACGGCCAUAGCAAGGAAUGUGACUGCCUACUACAUCACUCAGCUCUACACACAGAACCCCACUUUCAAUCCUCUACAACUUCCUGGCUUCUUCCUGUGUGAUGUUCCAAGCUCUGCCUACAUCUCACUAAGCGAGAAAGCCAGUUCAACAAUCCUGGAUCUCCUCCACCAGUUUUGCAAUGGAACUCAAGAUCCUCAGAUCUCUGCUGCUUUGGCAACAAACUUCCAAACCAUCACUCAGAGCACCAUAGUCACUUUGGGGAGCUCCAUCACAGGGCUGACCACCACCCAGAUCUCUUCUGUCUCUUCUUCCGUGCUUGUGUCCUCUCUGUCUUCACUUAGCUCCCUGAGUGGCUGGAACAUGGGCCAGGCCAGCACAUUGAUUCAGACCAUUAUAAGUGGAGGCUACCAGAUUAACAGUGGAUUCUCACUGAUUUCAUUGGGCACGCUGAUUGAAGGUGUUCCCUCUGCAACUAUUUCAAACAUAUCCACUAGUGAACUCCUGAUUGCUUCCAAGAGCACAACCUUUGUCACCAAUAUUCUGGCAGCUCCAUCAAUUGUGCAGCAGACAUAUAUUGACAAGAUCAUCUCCAUCAACCAAAGUGUGUAUGUUUUAUUGAUGAACGUCCCUGAUAAACUGGCAACAGAAAUACCCAGGGUACUUCUGACAUUCUCUCAGGAAACUAUUGACGUACAGGUUGUCAACAAAAAAACUUGGAAACAAGAGCAGGCUGUCAUCUUUUACGGAUCAGUGGCCAGCACAAACAUAGAUCCAGAGGAGCUCUCACCCUCCUUGCUACAAGGGUUCACAUGCACGUCAGUGCAGAAUUUGAAAAUCAUCAAAAUUCAGCAGCUAGUGAAGGCCUGCAGACCCAAGUUAAGUAGGAAAAAGGUGGUUCUAAAGGAAACACAGCUUACCUGCAUGUACAAUUUACUCGAAGACAACCUCUCCCAGAACUUCACAGACUACCCUUCAGAAAUGCUACUCUAUUUCAACUAUGCGAAGGUGGAGAAAAGCAGAUGCCGUUCGUAUUUAAGUGCAGUAGGUGCUGCAGACUUCUCCAUCCUGUCGAGUUUGUUAAAGAAGGACGUGCUUUUGAACAAUGCAAAGAGCUGCUUGGGUAUUAGUGGGCUAAAUCUCAGCAGAGACAAUGUGGAGGUGUUAGGCAACAUGUGCUGCAUGCUGGAUAGCACCUACAUCCAGAACUCUGAUGAGCUGAUCCUGGAGAAACUCAAGAACUGCAAUGGACUCUCAAGCACACAAGUAUCUGCCAUCGAAGCACGUCUGCUUUCUGGGAACACAACAUAUGGAACACCCUCUACUUGGAAUCAACAAACCUUGGAGGACCUUGGAACCCUACCACUGUAUUUGACUAGAAACAUAUGGGACAUCUUUCCAACUCCGGUGAAGAGAAGUUUCUUGAGGUUGUAUAUGCCUCGGCUUAGGACGAAAAACACAGGAAAGAAUAAACUGAAGGAGCUGUUCACACAGUGCACCUCACUGAGAGUCAAACGAGGAGCAGGAUGCACUAUUGGCAACAUAACCCAGACCACCAUUGCGGACCCCUCGUUCCCCUUCGGCUACGAUGUUACCCAGUUUGAUCUUUGUCUGGAUGUUGGUGUGCUGACAGAGAACUUUGCCGCUGUUACUGAGAAAGUGGAUGACAAUGGCUUCCAAAAAGUUAUCUUGGCCAAACUUAACCAGGGUAACCCUUCAGGCAUUGCUGAUGAGCAAGUCCAGUUGCUAGGUUCAGUGUCUCGCAUUGCCACCGUUGACGACAUCACAAAAUGGAACGUCACUAAGAUUGACACUCUGUCAGCACUAAUGAAGACUGCUGAUGGUCCAUGGGAAGCAACUAAGAGUAGGGCGAUUAUCACCAAAUACCUGGGCGCACCAGGCAACUCCUUGGGAAGUUUUGAACUAAAUGCCAUUGACUCCAACCUUUGUGCUUUGGACAUCAACGUAUUGAGUGCUAUUACCGCAGAUAGCCUGAAGCAUGCGGCUGCCCUAGAUGUGACAUCAUGCUCAGCUGAACAGAAGAGAGUUUUGUACACCAUCAGCAACUCCUCCUUUAUCUCACAACCUAGUAACUCCGGUGUAUUCUACCAACUCAUCAGCCCCUAUCUAGGCGGUGCUCCAUUACAAGAUAUCAGGAUGCUUUCUACUCAGAAUGUGAGCAUGGACAUUGCUGUUUUCCAAAAUCUGGACAUCAAGGUUGUCACGAACCUGACUGUGAGUGAAGUAAAAGGACUUUUGGGUUCUAACGUACAAAAUCUGAAGACGUUUGAGAACAACACGGUCGUACAAGCAUGGAUAGCCGCACAACCCCAGGCUGAGCUUGACACUCUUAACCUGGGUCUGAGAGGUGGAACCAGACCUCUUGCUGAAACAACUCCGGCAUCAACAGUCACAACAGCAGCAGCUACAGACACAACAGCUACAUCCCUGCAGGCUACGGACACUACACCAGCAGAAACAUCAACAGUAACAUCAGCAGCAACAACAGCAGCAGCAUCAGCAGCAACAUCAUCAGCAACAUCAGCAACAGCAUCUGAGGCAACAUCAGCAGCACCAUCAGAGGCAGCAUCAGCAGCAACAUCAAAGGCAGCAUCAACAUCAACAGCAGCAACAUCAGAGGCACCAUCAGCAGCAACAUCAGCAGCAGCAUCAGCAGCAACAUCAGCAGCAACAUCGGAGGCAGCAUCAGCAGCAACAUCAGCAGCAGCAACAUCAGUAGCAGCAUCAGCAGCAACAUCAGCAGCAACAUCAGCGGCAGCAUCGGUGACAGAUACUUCAUCACAGCAGGUUACCAACACUGUAACAUCAGCAGGAGUAACAACAGCAGCAGCCAAUACAGCAGCACCUUCUGGAGCAACUGUGACAGAUACUUCAACGCAGCAGGCAGCAACGGCUACAGCCACCAGCACAACAAAGCAAGGAAGCACAAGUGGGGCAUCAAAACGUGGAAAAGAUCUGGGAGCCCUGUCAUUCUGUUUGGUUCUACUCACCAUCAUCAUGAAGAUACAAUGAUGAAGACACAGCAGUAUACUGCCAAUACUAUAUUGUAACUUUAUCUAUUUUAUUUACCAUACAAUUAUGCUAUGUAUUACUUAUGUUCUAAGACAUUCAAAUCAUGUAUGUAAUCACUUCCUAUCUUCAAUGUAAACUCUAAGACAUUUAAAUAUGAAAUCAUGAUACUGAACAAAAUCAGUUACUGUUAAUUCUGAAAAAACACUUAUACACAAAACUAAUUCAAGACAAUAACGCAAAUAAAUAUAUAUAACUACUAUGUAAAUCAGUUCAAUAUAUCAUAUUCUUACAUAUAUAUCUGUAUUUAACACUUGUUUUCAGCAAUCUGUAUUUAUCAACUUUAUAUGUUUUGAACUGCAUAAUAUUAAGAUGAUUAAUAAAAUGUUAAACAUAA